AAUACAAUAUGGCAGACAGACCUCAACUGUUCAGUCUAAAGAUAGGCCUACUCCUGGUAUGGAAGCAAUGAAGGCUGAUCAGCAAAAUGCACCUGCUUCGUCGAAGCAAAAGAUCCACAACAGGUGCCAUCAUCACCGAGUCGGCAGUUGUGGUGCAUCUAUUCCAAGUCCUCAUGAUCCUGAGAAUGAUGUCCCUGUGUGUAACGGAUUUAAUGGCGAUGUGGCUAUUUCUCGGAGCUGUACUUACAGUCAAGACGACCUGAAUAUUCACCCUGGUGCCCAGAAUUAUCAUUUCAACGCGGAUACCUUUUGCAAUGAAGGAUGCAAGAUAUGUGCAAGGAGAUCACUACCGUUGAAGUCAGCAAAGCAACUGUUUAAAAAUAUGAAAGUGGAACCGUUUUCAAAUGAAUUAGUAACAAACAAUAGUAACCAUCAGGCAAGAGUUCGGCAUAGGAGUGCAGAAAGUAUUACUUGUACUAGUACCAGAAGUACGGAUUAUGGAGAUGACAUGAACAAUUACUUUCAAGCGAAUGCUCAUCUUUUGCAGUUUCUGAGUAAUGACAGUCGUCAUGAGGGUGGUGGUGCAGAGAGAGCUGAUGAGGCAAAUGGCAAUGGUGUGAACACUAGUAGUAGUCAAACUGACGAUGGUCUGGGUACUAAUUGUUAUAACGAGAACCAUGACCAAAGACGGAGUCGCAUUUGGUCCGAUUAUGAUGCGGUCAAUGAUGAAAUACAUACUCCAUCAUCUGAAGAUGAUGGGAUCGCAACGUCGUACAAUUAUACAAGUCAGGAUCUUGAUGAGGGUUGUCCUGAUGUUUUUCAUAAUGGGAUAGAAAAUAUAAACGAUGUUGAUGCCUCCUGUAUGACAAAUACUAUGGAGUCCGAUGAUCAGGGCGAUUUCAUCGAAACUGAUUUUGUGGGACAUAGCAAUUUUGAUUGCAUGAAUUCAGGUGAUGAAAAAAACUUUUCAUCUGAUGAGGAUAUCAACAGAUACCAGCAUAGCGAUAGUAAUCUGAUCGGGAAAAACUGUACUGGGGCGUGUAAUUUUGACAAUAAUCAUCAGAAAGAGACUGGUAAAAAGGUGCUUCAGUCGCCAGUGUUCGAUCGUGAUGAUAGUCUCAGUGAGGAUAGGACAGUGACCUCAAAAAACAACAGCUGGAAAGACAUGCAUGUCAAUGAUUUAAGUGAUACUAGUGUUGAAGACAACGCUAUGGACGAUUGUGUUCCGAUAAUAAACUCCUGUGAUCGUGAUAUUAAUUCUCGUCUCUCUGGUGUCUGUGGUAGUGUGUCGCACACAUCGGAUAGCAGCAUAGAUUGUGCCAUAACCCCUGAAUCAUUAUCACUCUGGUCUCCGGAAGUGGAAUAUCCCGAAUUAAACACCAUUGAACUAAAUCACAGUGCUAGAGGAUUACGUGCGCAGUGUGCGGAUAACCGUGGUUACUUAGACCCUCACUCUGAUGAUGAUGGCAUCGGCGGUGUUGGGUCAAUGGAGGAGAGUUUCAAUAUACCAAACAUCCCAAAUAACCUCAAUGAAGUAUUUUCUAGUGAUCCUUCCUCCGACCACGAAGAUGAACUCUACAACGUCUCGCGUCAAACGUCGACGUCUAACUUUGAUAACGACGAGAAUAGCUUUCAGGGGGAUGAUCAUGAGAAUAGUAACACUGACAAUGAAGAUAAGAUAUUUGAUGAGGGUGCUGCUGCGGUGAGGCAUUUUGAGGAGAUUGCCUUUUCUCCGGACUUUCACCAAAAGUUACGGGUAGAUGAAGCUACCAGGGGGCAUUAUAGUCGACUGUUGGAUUAUGCGCUGUCAACAUCAGAUGAAGAUGAAGUGCCAGAGAGGGAGGCCGCGGAACCCAUCUACGUAGAUAUUGGUGCUGAGGAUCAAGAAGCAUCUUCAUCGAUCGUCAAUGGCCCCUUGUUAAAUACCGAGACUGAUUUUGAUGAAAGGUCAGCUAGUAACACACUGCCAGAACACAGCCGGCUUGUUCACAAGAAGCUGCAUAAGAACUCCAUCCAGAAGAUCAUGGUGUGGAGUGAGUACGAGGCGUAUAUCUCCCAGGUGAAGCAGAUAGGUUGGUCUGCCUGUGGGCCGACAGCUGUUAUUAAUGUACUGAAAGCCUUUGACGUAUUCUGUGAUAAAGAGAAAGUGAACAGUGUGAUAAAAACCAACCUCCGUGCAGAGAAGGCUUCCGUACCCGAGUACUUACUUUCGAGGAGUGUGGCAGGUACGACUUCUCCUGACCUUAUCGCUGGCAUAAACUCACUUACCGAUGGUGCUAUUUAUGGACGAUUUUUCAGCUUCUACCCGAGGCGCAAAGUCGAUAUCCUACGGUGGCUUGGCUACUGGAUAAGUCGAGGUGCUGUUCCUUUAGUAACCUUAAAUCUACAGAAGGCUGUUCCUCCAGGCUGGGUGACUCCAGAUGCGUGGCAUCAUCAGAUGGUCUACGGUGUUGGGCCUAAAGGUGUCUACCUGACGAACCCCCUCGAGAUCGUGCCGGUCUCCAUUAUCGAGCAGCAGCUGUGCAGUGAGUCAGUGCUACUGGUACGACGUAGUGAUGUCCUUACCCGAUGGACGGACGAUUGUGAUCUGAGCCAGUUAAUUAGCGUCGAGGAUCCACGGUGGAGAGAAAUGAAUGUUUUAGGUCAAGCAGUGAGUGUGCUGAGAGAAGCAAACACACCUGGUUUCCAAGGUUACAAGUUGCCAUGGACAUCUCAUAUUUGUAUCCCCGCUGUUUACAAGGCUGGCGUGAGUCUGUACGUGAAGCGUGACUCGGAGAGCUAUAAGGAACUGCUUGCUUUGGAGGAGCUACCUCUCACCAAGGAAAAGAAGGACUAGAAUGUGUGUAUCCGGACCUAUGUAUUUCAGGAGACAGACUGGGGCUAUUUUGUUAUAUCUGGCUAGAUAAUCGACUCUUCCUAGCCACUGGAGAGGAGGAGGAGGAGUUCAGGUCAAACUGUGUACAAUUUUGGCAAAAAGUACAUUGAAAUGUUUGCAUUUUGGAAUGAAAGAAACAAGGCCGAGUUACCAUCAGUUAACCUUUGGGGUUGACAAUAUUUUAUCAGACCGGUGUGUUAUAUGUUUAAACUGACCAGUUCUAGGUUCAUCCCUGCCUUAAUGUGCUAGAAUGUUAACCUUCAAAUUGGGUUGUUUUUGUGAUCACAUACAGGAUGUCCCAAUAAAAAAGUAAGAAUUGGAACCUAGAAAUAUUGACGGUUGGGUUUGGGGUAACUGAAAAAAAAUAUCUAAUUUAUGCCUCGGCAUGGUUUUGGGCUUGAGUCGCAUAUUCGAUUGCAUUUUUAUUGGGACACCCUGUCUGCGCAUACAGAUAUUAGUAAAUUACCAAGUCGUGUGGUGAGGAUGUAUAUUUCAUGAUCUUGGAGGUACUCUAUUCAAUUGUCUUUCAUCAGUUUUGAGAUUUUGUACAUAGGUGUCAAAAGAGAAUAAGAGAGCUUUCAGCUCCUUGAGCAGAGUUGCUUGCUGUUAGAAUCUGAUAAUUUCAUCGCAACAGAUCUUGUCAUCAAGAUGCUCAAGAUCAUCAAGAGAAAACAUUUAGCAAUAGUAUAAAACUUGUACAUAGAGUGUUAAUAGUCUGCAUUAUUUUAUCCAGCUGCUGUACAUUAUGUUUUAGGUGGCCUGGGACUAAGUGUCGUAGGAAAUUCGUUUAAGGAUAAGUAAGAUUCGAUCCGAUUCGAUUCGAUAAGGUCUUGUGUUGUUUCACCAAUAACAAGGAUUGUGUGUCUGAUCCCCUUAACCAAGCACAACCAUGCGUCCUCCUGGCUCCGAUUCUUAAUGUCUAAAACGAAUGGAUUGCCCCUGAUGCUGUUUGAAUCCUCUCCUGACUCCAUGUCUUCAUGAUUGUUAAUAAUUGUAUGUGGACUUUUCUGUGUCGGUCGAUGUUGCAAUAUUGCUGGUUCUCUUGUUCAAGAAAUGGCUGCACUGCCCCACUCACUCAGCAGCUGAUGUGGUGACCAUCAGGCCUUACUGCCGCACUCUCUUGGCAGCUGACAUACUUGUACAUACAAACAGUUGCUAGGUCUGACGGGAAUGAGUCUUUCUGGCAAGAGCAAGUGCAGAAUGACAGUGAUAGAUAUGGGAACAGUUUUCUUGCUUCUUGCUUUAUAUGUUUUGGUGCCAUAAAGUGAUAUGGAGAGCAACUUGGGCAUCUUAGUAGUUGUACCAGUUUCAUCUUUGAGCAUGUGAGCUUGGUCUAGUUGUUGAUGCAUUCCAACUGCUGGGUGAGAGUGGCAAACAGUUUAUUGCCUGCGCAAUUAUUUGUUGUUACUUACGACACAACCUAUAUCAAGAGGUUGCAGUGUCACCCAUCUUAUCAUGAAUAAAUGAAAUAUGUGCCAGACGUU